CUCUGCGUACUGGGGAGGCGGCUCGUAGGGCAGGACGAACGCAAGGAAGGAGUCGACGUUACGGAGGAAUCUCGCACGGCGAUAGUCCAGUUUGUCAGUGACCAGUUUUUAUGCCUUCCAAGAUAGUUUGUAUUUUUUUUGCUGUGCGUUAGCUCUUUGUGGAUUUGGAUUUGUGUGGUCAACUUUGUUACCGUUCAACUCAAUGAAAAAUACAGUUGUUAGCAUGCGUUAGCUAGCACUUGGUGGACAGGGAAAGUGCAUCUGUCUUUGCAGCAGCAGGUGGACUCUCCUCUGCGAGCCUGAAAAUGAACGGAUACGCUCCUCCCACCUACCCCUCGGGGGGUUUCGGGGCGUACCCCUCCCAGCUAAAUGGACACAGUUCCCAGCCCGAUCUUCCAGACAACAAGCCACAAUCCAGUGCUAAAGCUUUGUACGAGCAAAGGAAGAACUACGCGAAGAACAGCAUCAACAGCAUGACCGACACGUCACAGUACCGCGUAGAGCACCUGACCACGUUCGUGAUGGACCGCAAGGAGGCGGUGAUCACCAUCGAGGACGGCGUCCGCAAACUGCGCCUGCUGGAUGCCAAGGGCAAGGUGUGGACCCAGGACAUGCUGCUGCAGGUGGACGAGCGGGCCGUCAGCCUCGUCGAUGCCGAGACCAAGAACGAGCUGGAGAACUUCCCCCUCAGCACCAUCCAGCACUGCCAGGCGGUGAUGAACGCCUGCAGCUACGACUCCAUCUUGGCUCUGGUGUGUAAGGAGUCGGGCCAGGGCAAGGCCGACCUGCACCUCUUCCAGUGCGACGAGGUCAAGGCGAACCUGAUCCACACGGAUAUAGACAGUGCCAUCAGCGACCACAAAGGUGGCAAGGUGAAGAAACGUCCGGAAGCACUGAGGACGAUCCUGAAGAGUGACAGCGUCAUCCCACCGCCCCCCUCGGCCCCGGCCCCCGCCCCCCCGGCAACCCUCGCCCCAAUAGACGUGAAGAGCAGGGUGGCGGCCUGGUCCGCCUGGGCAGCCAAUGAGCAGAUGGACUACGACAGUCUCGGGCCUUAUUCGGCGCAGGGCGAGCCCCCGGAGAUGACCGUGGCCAGGGUGGACCGUGACGUGCAAAUCCUGAACCACAUCCUGGAUGAUAUCGAAUAUUUUGUCACCAAGCUUCAAAAAGCAGCCGAGGCGUUUAACGAGCUUUCGAAGAGGAAGAAGUCGAAGAAGAGCAAAAAGAAGGGUCCAGGAGAGGGCGUGCUGACACUACGAUCCAAGCCACCUUCUCAGGAGGAGUUUGUCGAUUGUUUCCAGAAGUUCAAACACGCGUUCAACUUACUGGGGAAGCUCCGAGCGCACAUUCAGAACCCGAGCGCUGUCGACCUGGUCCACUUCCUGUUCACGCCGCUUAACAUGGUGGUGCAGACGUCCGGGGGGGUGGAUCUGGCCAAGAGCGUCAUCAGCCCCCUGCUCACGCGGGAGGCCAUCGACUUCCUGCACUCCUCCGGCACGGCCGACGAGAGGCACCUGUGGGUGUCGCUAGGCGACGGCUGGACCAAGUGCAGGCUGGAGUGGCCGAAGGAGCAGCACUUCCCUCCGUACUCUCCCCGUUUCCGGGGCGGCUGGGAGCCCCCGGUCCUGGCCUACAUGGGCCCGCCGCGGGAGACAGAGCUCACACAGCUGGCCCAGUCCCUGGCCCACGCGGAGGUGCUGCGGCAGGAGGAGGCGCACCACAGGCUGUCCAUGGAGCAACCCGGCGUGCAGGCCUUCCCCCCGGCGGACGGGUACGCGUUCGGUAACACCGCGUACAAGCGAAAACAGCUCCUGGACCAGGACACGGCCGUGGCGGCCUUUAAACAGGCGGUCAGCCGCCAUGUAGAUAGGAACUACGAGGCCCACGGCCGGACCCAACCAAAGACCUACGCCAAAUCCAAGUACGACUUCGUGGCUCGCAACAACACAGAGCUGUCGGUGGUGAAGGACGAGAUUGUGGAGGUUCUGGACGACAGGAAGCAGUGGUGGAAGGUGAAGAACGCCAGCGGGGAGGCCGGGUACGUGCCAAACAACAUCCUGGAGAUCACGCGAUCCCUGAACAUGAGCUCCGGCCAGGCAGAGCCCGUCUACAGCCACACCAUCCAGAAGCAGCGCUCGGACUACGUGCCCAAACCGGCGGCCAUGCCCCCCGCCCCCAUUCCCCCGCCCGCCCCCGCCCCUGCGGCCGCGCCCACCCGGCUCCCCACCCCGCCCCUGCCCCCGGCCGCCACGCCCCCCGCCGCGUCCCCCGCCAGCGUCAGCCGCCAGAACAGCAGCACCUCCAGCGAGGCGGGCAGCGUGACCAUGAGGGACCAGAGGGAGCGAGCCGCGCCCGCCAACCGCAGGAAGUCCAACAUGGAGGAGGUGCACGACGAGCUGCAGCAGAGGCUGACGCUCGGGCGCAGCGCGCAGAAGAAGUUCCAGGUCCCGCCGCGGACCGCCGGCUCGCUGUCCGUCAACAUCACGUACGACUCCGCGCCCGAGGAGGUCCGCGCCUGGCUGCAGACCAAGGGCUUCAGCUCAGUCACCAUUAACAGCCUGGGGGUCCUGACGGGCGCCCAGCUCUUCUCCCUCAACAAGGAUGAGCUGAAGACCGUGUGUCCGGACGAUGGGGCACGGGUGUACAGCCAGGUCACUGUGCAGAAGGCCGCCCUGGAGCGGGCCUCUGGCUCAGAGCUGCAGGAGAUCAUGCGCCGGAGGCAGGAGAAGCUCACGGCCGCGGCCAGCGACUCGGGGGUGGAGUCCUUCGACGAGGGCAGCAGCCACUGAGUGUCUCGCUCGCCCGCUAAACCCCGCCCCUCUCCCUGUCGCGUUGUGUUUCCAGGACGCGUCCGAGCAGGCCCGCUUCGCCGAGAUCAUGCGCCGGCGUCAGGAACUGGCCGAGCAGUGACGCCGUCCAACGAACCGCACGCGCCGGCCCCAGCUCAAUGCUCACGGGAAAUAAACGCCUCAGUUCAGAUUUCGUGUAUAUUUCAAGAAUAUGGCUACAAUGGAUAAAAUUAUGAUUGGAAUAAUCGUCAAAAUUUGCAACAAACACACAUUUUGCCCAGGUUCAAAGGCAAAAGCAGCAUGUUAUAGAUGUGUAGGCUUCUUCCAUAGUGAGACAUAAAUGCUUGAAGUUUAUGAAAUGAAUCAGUGGUACUUGUGUUAUUGCAGAUACCAUCAGUUCAAUAUCUUCCCAAACGAAACGGGUUGUGUUUAGUCAGCCUGUCUGUACAGAACAGAGGAAGCACAAAGACACAGUUUUGAAGAGUACUAAAAAGAGAUGGACAAUUGCUGUAAAAUACUAAAAGUAUUGUGAAUAACUGUUUUUUUUUUUUUUUUGCAAAGGUAACAAUACAAUAUUUAUACUUUUUAUUUAAUUGUAAUGCCAAAAGAAUAGAAAGAAUAACACACAAAAAACGGAUGGAGGCAUUUUAUUCUGUUUCUUAAUUUUAUGUCAGGACUAUUUACCUUUAAUUUGGAUUCUUAAUUUGUGUUUGUUAAUGUAGACUUUUUUUUAGAAGACAGCUGUCUGACUAGUAGGUGCCUGUGGCAGUCUCUGUUGGACGCAGAGGUGCAGUGUAGUUAGCGUUGCUGGCAAGCGUUCCCUGCACACAAUUAAUUUUUGAUUACGUUCCAUUUUCCGUUGGCGGUUUGAUUGCGAGCUAAAAUUAGGAAGCGUUUUGCUCACGCUGUCAGCGCCGUUUUUGCAAAACAGUAACCCGGUGAAUGAAGUUGCUUGUUGAUUCGUGCAUGCGCAUUUCAAGCUCAAAGAGCUAUGAAGAUCAGUGAAAAUAAACGUUGACAUUCCGAGCUUUUUCAGUCCACGUUUUAAUGAACAAUGAAGACAUUUUAGUGUGGAAAAACAUGACCUUGUAUACAAACACCAGGAUGUGAAUACUGUCCAGUUUCCUUUACAGAUAUAGCCAAAACAAUUUGUUAUUUUUAGUCUUCCUUGGGACAUUUAAUGCCUCAGACUACCUAUGACACGGAGAUACUGCCGACUUGAACUUUCUCUAACAGAAAGCAAGGAAGCUUGUGAUUCGCUGUCUUUAUACGCAGAUCUUUCCUCCCGUAUCUCAAUGUGCAUUAGAGCGUCAGAGGGAAUCUUUGAUACAGAAGUGCAUGCGUCUUCUCCUCUCAAGGCCUUGGCUUGUGGAGAUAAAUCAUGUUGGAUGUUGUCUCAAGUGCAGAAUAGUAAUGGGUCAAUACUGUUCUCCCUGAGUUCGCAAGCUCAAACCGCGACGUGUUGACUGACGAUUCCUCGUAUUUGGCAAACAGGCAGCAGCUGGUGAAUGUAGUUAAAACAGGGGAAGUCGCGGGGUUCCACACAGGGUAAUCACCACAAGACUUUUCUACCUAAUUGUACGUCUCUUCUUGUAGCCAUUUACUGCGGUGUUACCGAGAUUUAACAUCUUUAAAACAAAAAGAAGGUUCUGGGCGAGACGCAGAGACCGUUCGUUGCGGUUGGACAAUGGUGAAGAGGCCAAAGGGUGUGUGUGUGCACUUGACAGCACUGUAAAAGGUCGAACAAGCUAACUCCAGGGACUGUGUUGAUACAGGUCGGUAAUGCCAUUUAGCAAAGCUAAUCUAAGCACUACUGUAGUUUAGCAACAGCCAAAGAUAGCUGAAGGUUGAGUCCACCUGAGAGAAUGUAAUGUAGGCUACACAACCGUAAGAUGGCAUGGCUGAAUUUCCUAAAUAGUACACAAAUGAAGCACAUAAAAGUGUAUAUUUAUAAAUACAUUUGUGGCUUAUUGCGAGUGCAUUUUCAUAGAGCAAAACAUUUUUGGCUUAUAAAUGUUUGUAGCUUAUGUGUGCAAAAGGUCCGAUUUAAGAAUGAAGCGCUCAUCACUUUUAUAUUUUUCUGACAUGCAUAAAGAAUGUAGCAAAUUAAAUGUCCUUUCAUGGAAUAGAUGGUUUUAUUUUAUGUUUUGAAAAAGAUGUGCAAUUGCUGAUUAAUUGUUCUCUAUGUGGGGGGCAGGGGGAGAUGCAUUUAGUUGAUUCAUAAUUGUACGUGAAUAGUUUUCAUGGUGCCUUUUUCACAUGAAUCUGCUGAAAUUCUGCA